CAAAACGGAGUUGUUCAAGCCGGCGAGAAUCGACAUCCCUGUGUAAGGUGGCAGGUCAAAGCAUCAAGGUACAACUUCAAGAACAGUACGAAUGGUAUUCUAGUUGUCGACACGCCAUCAUUUCAUACAGAUAAUGACUUCUAUGCUGAAGGCUCUAUGACUUCUUGGUUGAAGUCGAGGUUCACUAAAAAAUGUCGUUCCGGCAUCCUAUUUCUCCACCCACUCGCCAAGGAUCCUAGGGAUCAUGACGUACUGAUGCAACGGCAUCUCGAUACGUUUGCAACGAGAUUUCCUAACAAAUCCAUGAUUCCUUCCCGCGUCUAUGUAGUGCCGACUGCGAAUUCAGUGGAUGCGAAGCUAGGUCAACGGUUGCCGGAGCUGGAAAGACUGGCGGAGUCGUCAAACAGCAAUGCUGACCGCAAAUGGCAUAUAUCGGUGUUCCCUGGAGUGUUCGAAGGCCAACCGGAAAUAGCAUGGAGUGCGGCACUGCUUCUCCUAAAGGAUAUAGUUGAAGCUCAGACAACCGAGAUGUCCAGCUCUCGAAGACCCACAUCAAAGGAAAUACUUCCGAAACUUCCAGAUGGCCGUGCGGCACUCAAAAUUCUCGUGGAUCACCUUUUCGAAACUUUCAAGGAGGAAAGGACGAACAGUAGUUUGGACGCCAAAAUCGUACUCGGGCGACUUGCAUGGGACGUCACUCCCGCGAGCGACCCUGCUCGCCUUUCAGCUGUCAUCGCUUGCGCUGAUCUUCUCUCCGAGCGAUUCGAGAAGGAAGAGAGGAAGGCAGACUUGGACGAGGUUGUCACUCUCAGACGAUCUGCUUGGGAAUCUAUGCCCCUGGAUGAUCCAAGGCGACAACGGACCCUCGCCACGCUGGACGAUUCCCUCUACAAGCGCUUCAGGAGGGAGAGAGGUGUUGUGGAUUUGGAGGAAAUCAUAGCUCUUCGCCGAACUGCGGAACGUGCUUCCCUGCCAGAUCAUUGUAGAUCUCUUGUCCACCUCGCGAAUGCCCUUAACGAAAGAUACCGGAUACUACGCUUAAAGAGUGACCUGGAGGAGGCUAUUAAGCUCGCACGUGACGCGCUGGCACUCAAUCCACCAGGUCACCCAAUUCGUGCGCUGUGUCGGGGUUGUCUCGCGGACUGCUUCCAAUCAAAGGUCAGGAAGGGGAUCACCCGAGUUCACGCGGCGAGGGCGGUGACUGACGCUUCCAACUGCAAUAUCUCUGAUGUCCAGAAACUGAUCACAAGUGCCAUCUCCGAGACCAUUGCAAACAACCCACCACGGCUGCUACAUGCGGAAACUGGCAUCUUAUGCGAUCGGGAUGCGCAACUAUCCAUUUUCGUGAAUAGCUCUGAAUACCUGGAGCUAUAUUCAUUGACGUCUCCAGCGGAGAUCCGUAAGAGGAUUUUAUUGUUCUUCCAGUAUACCACGCUAUCCCACAGAUGGGGGAUCCGCGAGCCAUUACUACGCGACAUUGAAGGCGAAGUGAUCUAUGACUUGGAGGGGACGGAGGGUCUGGCGAAACUCCAACAAUUUUGUCUUUUCUCACUCAGACACAAUUUCUCAUGGGCAUGGAGUGAUACUUGCUGCAUCGCUAAAGAUAGCAGUGCAGAGCUUCAAGAGGCUAUAGGAUCCAUGUUUUCUUGGUAUCAUCGGUCGUCCUUAACAAUUGCGUACCUAUCUGACGUCUCCGACGCCGGUUCACUAGCUAAUAGUGUCUGGUUCAAGCGCGGAUGGACUCUUCAGGAACUACUGGCUUCACGCACCUUGCUGUUCUAUAUGCAGGACUGGUCACUUAUCAUGCCCUCUGAAGCUGGAAACCACAAAAUGGAUCCCACUAUACUUGAAGAGCUCCAAAAGGCAACGGGAGUAGCGGCGCGACAUCUUAGAGACUUUUCUCCAGGUAUGGAAGACGCGCGAUCAAGACUCCGCUGGGCAUCUGGCCGUCGUACCACCCGACCCGAAGAUAUCGCCUACUCUCUUUUCGGAAUUUUCAAGGUCCACUUACCAGUCUUCUACGGCGAGUCUGUGCAAGAUGCGCUUGGACGUCUUUUAGCAGAGAUCGUAUCACAAUCAGGAGACAUUUCGGUUCUUGAUUGGGUUGGGGACGCGUCAUCAUUCCACAGCUGUUUCCCUGCCAACCUUAUACCGUACCAGAUGGUGCCCUGCGCACAGUCGAUUCGAUGCGACUCUACCAGACGCAAUAGCCUGAAUUUUGAGGGUGCACGGAAAUUGUACAACACGCUUGCAAAGUUACCACGCCCGCGAUUUGUCCACCGUAGGCUCAUACUGUCUUCCAUUGCCUAUCGUGUCGUGGCGGCUAAACUACUAGAAAAUGAAAAUUCCACCAGCUCUCCAGGUUACACAUACGAGAUUCAUGUCUCGCACCUGAUGCCCCUAGUGGUCACACUGUCGGUUCAUCUUGGGGAAGAUCCCACAACAUAUAUUCUCAUUCGCCCUUGGUAUCCAAAAUGGGUCAAAACGCAAACGGAGAGCGAGGUCGACGCUACGUGGGAGUUGCUCGAACAACUCGAACAACCAUUCAACGGACUUCUAUUGACGAGACUACCCCACAACGAAUACAAGAGAAUUGCCAGUAAUUGUGCGAUCACCGCUCGCAUUCAGGAUAUAGCUAGUAUUGCGGACAGCGAAAUCCUAAACCUGGAAAUUGUAUAGGUCAGCUCGCGGUAGUCACUUGUCGGUGUUGUGCGACACUGAGCGCUAUCUCAUUGGUUUCCCCUGUACGCGUUUUUCGAUGUC